AUUCAAAAGAUUCAUAAAUGGUUCGCGGCCCCCUUCAAUUCCAAAUUGCAAUGGGAAAUCGCCAAUCUAGACCAUGGGCCUUCUUGAUCACCUUUUAACCCGGUCCAUAAAAUCACGUCACAUGGUGCCGCUGCCUCUCAUUUUAUAGAAUUGUUUUGGUUUGAUGUGGGCUGAUAUCCUAUAAACUGAUAUCUCUCAACAGUCCAAUCUCUCGUCUCCUUGAUUCUGCUAACUUCUCAUUUCCAAUAAAUUGUUCCGCUCUGUUCAGGAUAUAUUUCUUUAGGAUGAGGAUGAAGCCGAGGUCGAGAAAUUGUUAAUUUUGUUAAUUCAACAUUCUUCCACACCGAAAUAACCUCCAGUUUCUUCAAUUUCUUGAGCGUGUUUGGCUGUGCUAAAAGCUCCCUUUUUUUAUUUUUAAAUAAGAAAAUUACAGGUCUUCUUGAGAACGAAGAAGUGGAAUGGUUCGUUAAAUAGUGUUUUGAAAUCAUAGCAGAGCUAAUUCAAUGCUAAUACAAAAGGCUGUAAAUAAGGUUUCGAGGUGGAGGCCCCUGGGGUCAAAAGAAUUCUUUCCCUUGCUUUUCUUUGGUAAAAUGGAGCCUGAAAUAUUGAGCAAAGGGAGCUACGCAUGUUUCUCGAACAAUAAGAAAGGAGCAUUUUUAUCACAAAGCCAAACAAAGCAUGACUUGCGGAAUUUUUCCUUUUACCCAGCACCGGAAAACGUGGGAAACAUAAAUGGUGCUUUUUACAUGCCUCAUCAUCGUUAUAGCUCACAACACAGUCUCAGUCCUGAAAGAAAUAUUAACCAUAAGUUAUUGGGAUCUAUUCCUGAAUCUGUGACGAUUGUGGAAGUCAGUCCAAGGGAUGGGCUGCAAAAUGAGAAGGAGAUUGUGCCGACAGCGGUGAAGGUUGAACUAAUAAAGAUGCUAGUUUCUUCGGGGUUGCCUGUUGUUGAAGCUACUAGUUUUGUCUCACCAAAAUGGGUACCACAGUUAGCUGAUGCAAAGGACGUAGUCUCUGCAAUUCAAGGUAUUGUGGGUUCUCGAUGUCCUGUUUUGACACCAAAUCUUAAAGGGUUUGAGGCCGCUGUUUCUGCUGGAGCAAAGGAAGUGGCCAUCUUUGCUGCAGCUUCUGAGUCCUUUUCCCAGUCAAACAUCAAUUGCAGCAUUAAAGAUAGCCUUGCUCGUUACCGCGAUGUUGCCCUAGCGGCAAGUAAUCUCUCAAUUCCUGUUCGUGGAUACAUAUCAUGUGUUGUGGGUUGUCCAGUGGAAGGAGCAGUACCUCCAUCGCAAGUAGUGUAUGUCGCGCAAGAACUUCUUAAUAUGGGUUGCACUGAAAUUUCCCUUGGUGACACGAUUGGGGUUGGUACUCCUGGGACUGUCAUUCCAAUGCUGGAAGCUGUUCUUGAAGUUGUCCCCAUAGAGAAGCUAGCCGUUCAUUUUCACGAUACUUAUGGACAAGCUCUUUCAAAUAUUCUUAUAUCACUCCAAAUGGGUAUCAGGACAAUCGAUUCUUCUGUGUCGGGCUUAGGGGGUUGCCCAUAUGCCAAAGGUGCUUCUGGAAAUGUUGCGACUGAGGAUGUUGUUUACAUGCUAAAUGGACUUGGCGUGAAGACAAAUGUGGAUCUCAGAAAGCUCAUGUUGGCUGGAGAAUUUAUCUGUAAACAUUUGGGCCGGCCUUCUGGUUCUAAAGUUGCAAUUGCCUUGAGCAAAACCACCGCUACUGCCUCCAAGCUUUGAGCACAGGUGUUUUUGUUAAAUGCAAUGGCAUUGUUAAGAACUCGGUGGUAGUUGGAAGAAUGGUAGUUUUUAUGGCUCUUCUGCACUCUGCACUCAAUUCUGGCAAUUUAUUGCCUUCCCUAACUGCACUGAGAAAGUUGUCGGACCUCGGAAAAAACUGCAGACUGUUUUAAAUUUUGUUAAUUUUAAACAUGGGAAAACUCAACAGGACAAGACCAGAUAUGAAGGGAUGUCUGUCAUUAAAUUGAAGUGUUUUUUUUUUCAAUUAAUUUUUCAUGAAUUUUAUGUAUAUUUAUUUAAAUUA